AUGUCUAAUAUCCAAGUGGUAGUUAGGUGCCGUGGUAGAAAUCAACAAGAAGUUGCGGCAAGGUCUCCAAUUGUGCUAGAUCUAACAGAUGAUACUUAUUCCAUCACAGAGCCAUAUGUGUCAAUUAAUCAUCCUUCUAGCUCCAGCAAUAAUGUCCUUGGGAAGACAAUCAAUUCACUGGAUAUAACCACGAAUGCUUCCAAGAGGGCUUACAAGUUUGAUCAAGUGUAUGGGUCACAGGCCGAUCAAGGGUUAGUGUAUUCCCAUGUUGCACUUCCACUAUUAUCAAAUUUUUUGGAGGGAACGAAUGUAUCCAUAAUGGCAUAUGGUCAAACAGGAACAGGAAAGACGUACACCAUGUGUGGUUUCAACAACAGUAACAAAAUGGAUGAAUUGCCUUUACCCGAAGUUGCUGGAAUCAUACCCAGGACAUUGUUUGAGCUUUUUGAAAAGUUGGAGUACAUGGGUGACGACUACAUGGUGAAAGUGUCGUAUUUGGAAAUAUACAACGAGGAACUAACAGAUUUACUACUGAAUCACAGUAAAAAGUUGCGGAUACACGAGAGAGUAAACUCAUUAUCAAAUGUUGGUGCCUCUCGGAAGUCAAUAAGUAUACAAAAUUUAUCCGAGCUUUGCAUCAACAAUUAUGCCGAGGGCAUCAAGUUGUUAAAGAUGGGAUUCAAUAAGAAAAAAACGGCAACCACAAAUAUGAAUGAGACAUCUUCUCGGUCUCAUACGAUCUUUAGCAUACAAUUGUAUCGAAAAGAUACAAAUGAUGCAUCAAUAUAUAGAGUUUCAAAGAUGAAUUUGGUUGAUUUAGCAGGAUCAGAGAACAUUAGCAGAUCUGGAUCAAUUGUGAAAGAAGCUGGUGGAAUAAACCAAUCAUUGUUGACUUUGGGAAGAGUGAUUAAUGCUUUAAACGAUUCAAAGCUAUCUCAGCACAUUCCUUAUAGAGAAUCAAAACUUACACAUAUACUACAAGACUCGCUUGGGGGUGGUACUAAAACUACGCUAAUCGCGACUGUGUCUCCAGCUCAGAUCAACGCCAUGGAGACUUGCUCUACUCUAGAUUAUGCAAGCAAGGCAAAGAACAUUAAAAACACACCGCAAAAUGGCCACGACUCAGAGAUUAUUUUGAAAAAGAUUUUGGUCAAAAAUUUAACAAGCGAGAUUAGCCAGCUAAAUCUGGACUUGAUGGCGACCAGACAUAAAAAUGGUAUCUACUUGGAUCAAAAGAGCUACAAAAAUUUGCUUUUGGAAACCGAGUCCUUGAAAACGCAAUUGAAGGAGAGUUCGUUGAGAACAGAACUGUUGAGUAAGAAAUGUGAUGUCUUGGAGCAGCUGAACAUUCAAUGCAAGGAGGAGCUAUCAAAGGUUUUGUCUCAGAAUGAAGUCAUCAGUAACAAAGUCUGCAUUAUUGAGUCAAAAUUGCGCGAUUCUAAUUUACAAUUGUCCCAUAAAGACGCCAAAAUUGAUUCCUUGACAGCAAAGUUGAAACUGGUCCUCGAAAAAUCCACAAACUCAGCCACGAUGUUAACUUCCCUUCUAUCGAACCAUCUAAAUGCGUCUGUAAACUUACUCAGUGAUACUAUUGACAUGCAAUCAAACUCAAUUGCCGUGAAUGCCAUGGAUGAAUUCCAAAAAAAGUUUCAAAGAGAUUUGCAAAGCUUCAAAGAGGACCUUCGGUCAAAUUUGCAAUUACAUAAUGCGAGUAUACAAGACAAGGUGAAUGGAGAUUUGAAGCCAACGUUUGAUUCCUUGCUGGAAAGUAUGACCAAUUUGUACUCUCUUCAUAAAAGACUGCACAGCAAUAUGCGAGAAGUUUUGACGGGCUUGAAGGUUGCGAAUGGAAAACUAGCUCGGUACUUGAAUGAAGAUUGUUUGAUUGGAAUUGAAGAAACUAUACGGAAAAAGCACGAAAAGGUUUUACAAAACAAUUUCACAACAUUUUGCGACAACAUUAAGCUGAUGAUAAGCAAUGAAAUUGAGAAAUCGAUUUUGAACGCGGUGAAAACCACUGGUGCCGCAACUCACGAUGAGCUAACAAAACAAAGAGCACAAGUUGCUACGUUUACCAGAAGUUGGAAGAGCCAGAUAGAUGAGAUUGUCCCAAACAUUGAAAAAGAGUUACGGGAUAGUAAUCAGGUUUUCGAAAACUCAAGUGACAAGUUGCGUGCACUUUAUGCCAAGGGUUCUCAGAGUGUUGAGUCUAUAUCAAGAGAAACAUUGAACUUUCCCCUUGACAAAUUACCUGACUCUUCUGAGCUUUCCACAAUAAGUAAUACUAUCAAAUCUUCUAAUGAUACAAUUUCACAAAAGUUGCAAGAUAUCAGCUCCAACCUAACUCAAAUUCAGCAAUUUGAUGCUAAAAGUGCCUUUGAAAUUUCUCCACUAAAAUCAAAACUUGAUCAGUCACCACUGGGUAAUUCCUAUAUGAAUCAAAAAUCAUUACACCCGAUGCGUAGACGUGCACUUUCAUUGUCACCAGUGAAAUCCAGUAGAGCACUGACUCCAUCCAAAAUUCCCACUAUAAAACGGCUGAAUACUAAUGUCACUGAUGACGACAGACCCAAAAGACGAAAGAUUUUUCUGUCACUAUCCAAUGUAUUAUAA